ACCGUUCUGUCCGGGGGGCACUUCCGCCCGCGCGAGUCUUUCCGGGGCGGAGGUCAAUCAUGGCGGCGGCCAUGGCUCGGCUCGGGCUCCGGUGCGUCAAGCAGGUUCGAGUUCAGUUCUGCCCCUUCGAGAAGAACGUGGAGUCGACGAGGGCCUUCCUGCAGGCGGUGAGCAGCGAGCGGGUCCGCGCCACCAACCUCAACUGCCAGGUGUCGGCGGACGUGCGGCACGACGGCUCCGAGCCCUGCGUGGACGUGCUGUUCGGAGACGGGCACCGCCUCAUCCUGCGUGGCGCCCACCUCACCGCCCAGGAGAUGUUCACGGCCUUCGCCUCCCACGUCCAGGCCAGGAGCGCGGAGGACGGCGCGGACAAGCCAGGCGGGCGCUGACGGCCCCGAGGACAAGCCCUUUGUAACCUGGGACCAGGACGGUGCUAGGAGGGUGAUCUCAGAAGACCUGGUCUUAGUUGUUCAUCCCUAUUCCGGUCACCGUCUGGAGGGCUCCGGAAGUGUGUGGGGUGGGGUGGGGGCGUGCCUCUCCUCGACACUGCGUUUUGGCCCCUUCAGGACGAGGGCAGAGGGAGGGGAGGACCCGUCUGGACGAACUAGAUUUUUUUUUUCCCCCACUUUACCGAAUUUGGCUUCUUCCACCCAUCACCUUUUAAUGUUGCUUACAAAAACAAAACAAAACACAAAAACCUGUGCUGUUUCCUAUUUUAGUAGUUUUUCCUACUCUUAAUUUGCCCACUCUGGUUUUUCUUAACCAUAAUCUGUGAGUUAAACCCUAACAUUUCUGUUUGGUUCUAACCUCAGCUUCUAUGGUACUACCAGCUUUUACCAAAUACCAACAACGGUCUUUGUCAAAAAUAGCGUUAUCUUACAUCAUUUCUCCCAUUCCUUUCAAAGACAGCUAAUCUGCUCAGCCACCUUUGCUGAUAAACACAGUAUUACCUUAUUCUGCCUUCUUCCUUGCCCCUCAUGUCCAGUCUUUAUAAAAAUGCUCCUCAGAUGAUCUCUCCAUUCCCAUUCAUUCUGAGUAUCACUGUUGCAGCGUCAUGACUGUCCUCUUUUAUGUAUUGGUGCUGCUAAAUUUAUCUUCCCAAAGUGCAUGACUCUGCUUAUCUCCCACCACUGUUUCAGAAAAUGCUGGCUGAAAUAAAUUUUCAUACUGGGUUAACAUCUA